GCAUUUUGUGCUACCAGAAAACGUAAGACCAGUCGUCCCAAGAUCGUCAGUCCUCUUCACCAUGCAGACUCUGACUGUUUUCCUCGCUUGCGUUGCCCUCUUUGCAGGUGCACAUGCUUGCUCUGACGACACAAACAGGCUCGAUGCUUGCUCACAGCAGUUUGAGUCUGAGGCUAAUGCCUUGUUGCCAGACAUCGAAGCUGGUGUGAGAUCACAAACUGAAAUCUGCCCUCUUGCCCUGGAGCUGAAACAGUGUAUGUUGAGAGUCGUGGACAACUUCUGUGACGACAUGAUGAAGAUGUUCCUGAGACCAAUGGUCAUCGACCUUAUGGACACCGCUAUGGAGGAAGUGGGCUGUGGAUUUAUGGCUCGCCGCGGCACCCAGAAACUGGUGGCGCGUUCUCUGGCAUUGGCAAAAUACGGAGGCCUCAAGAAAUAGACAGCGCUGAGAUAAAGUUUUUCCAUACAGUAUCAACACUUCAUGAAACGAAAUGAUAAUUUAUGAAAUAAUGGUUUAAUCAGGAAUAAAUUAAUAAGGUACAUAA